AUGGCCCCGUUUAGGAGCAUUUACCAGCAAGAUACGACCAGGCAGCUGGCGGUCGGUGCGGCCCUGUUGGUCCUUGCUGCAUUCUACUCGGUCGUUUUUCUGUUGACUCUGGCUCCUGUAUAUGGGUCGGCCCCGUCCCAUAUCUUCCACGGCUACGGAAUCGGAAUCGCAGGUGUAGCGGGGUGGUUUGCGAAGAACAUUGUCCAUCAUUUGUCCCGCCGGAACGCUGUCUAUGCUGUUCCCGUCCUGGCCUUUUGGCUGCCUGUGCUACAGUACUUUAUCACUCAGCAGACCUCGGCGCUCGGGAACCCUGCUGGGCCCAUCAUUACAGAGAUAUUUGGUUUAUAUCCUCUAAUCUUUCUUUCUGUGGCCAGCGCUGGUAAGCUGGUGCAGUCCGGUCUGGACCUCAAUCGACACGGUGAUCUAGUGGCAGAGCACAUUCCCCUGCUUGGCUCCUACGUCGUCUAUUCUGCUGGCGAACAUCUGGUCAAAGCAUUUCUCUCCAAGUUCAUUGGAUCGACUGUUUUGCUCAGUCGCGCCGGCCUUCAGAUCUUGGUCCCGGUUCUAUAUGCUGCUGCAGUCCCAUCAAAGCUCCUACUCUUGGCUAUUCCAUCCCUUCUCUUCUCUCUCACCUCCAACGAGCACCUGCCAUUGGGAUAUACGACUAGAGCUCUCAACUCUGCUCUUGUCGAGGAUGGUUUCGCCCUCUUGGACCGUCAAGAUUCCACGACCGGCUACGUCUCCGUUUUGGACAAUCUCGAGGAUGGCUUCCGCGUUAUGAGGUGCGAUCACAGUCUUCUCGGAGGCCAAUGGGUCAAGAAGCGCCACAACUACAACCCUCCGGCCGUGAAAGACCCCAUUUACGCAGUAUUUACCAUGCUCGAGGCCGUCCGCCUUGUUGAGACAGCGCACGGUACUCCCCGCGUAGACGCCGGAAGCAAUGCCCUCGUCAUUGGUCUCGGAAUCGGAACGACACCAGGCGCGUUAAUCAGCCAUGGCAUCGACACCACAAUCGUCGAGAUUGACUCCGUCGUCCACAAGUUCGCAGGCCAGUACUUCGGCCUGCCAUCCAACCACACCGCCGUCAUCGACGACGCCCGCGCCUUCGUCCAAAAGAGCCAGAAAUCCUCUUCCCCGAAGCAAUAUGACUACAUCGUCCACGACGUCUUCACCGGCGGCGCUGAGCCCGUCGAGCUCUUCACACAUGAGUUCAUCAGCGGUCUCCAUGCCCUUCUGAAGGACGACGGAGUCAUUGCCAUCAACUACGCCGGCGACAUAAGCCUCUACCCAACCGGCCUCUCUAUCCGAACUAUAAAAUCCAUAUUCCCAACCUGCCGCCUCUACCGCGAAGAAACCGACUCCGAAAUCGGGAUGGACUUUACCAACAUGGUCAUCUUCUGCACCAAGGAUGCUCUGACCCCGCUGACGUUCCGAGACCCCGAACCGGCUGAUUUCCUGGGUAGUCGGUUCCGCGCUCGGUAUCUUGUUCCGAGACAUGAGGUUGACGCGGCGAGGUUUGAGACUGUGGAGCAGGGUGGUAAGAGGAUUUUGUAUGAUAAGGGCGUUGGGGCGUUGCAUAAGUUUCAAGAUCGGACUGCAUUGGAGCAUUGGAAAAUUAUGAGGACUGUGUUGCCAGAUAGGGUCUGGGAGGGGUGGUAA